ACCUAGGUACUCCUUGCGAAACACACAUGACACAGAGAGGAAGGAGUUGAAUGUUAUAGUAGCUAAGCAGACUAGUUUCCAGGCUACUUUGGACCAUAUUUGUCUCGAUUCAUAUUCUAAAACAAUUACUGCUUCUAGACUAAUCACAAAAUCAAACAACGUGACAAGGAGUGAAAAUAAAAGCUUGACCAAACCAGAAUUACGACGUAAGGCUACAACAAAACACUCGGAAGAAGAAGAAAGAUGGUCAAAAUUAGCUUUGGAACAUUGCGCCACGACAACAACAACAACAUUGUCUCUGUUCUGAGAGUAUGCAGCCGAACGGCGCCCUGGACUAGAGCUAGGUCUAAUUCAUCUGCUGUGAUAGUCUAUUUGUUUUACCCAUCUGGCUGUGGUGGAGGGCAUGUGGCUUUUUAGAACUACAAAUGUUUUUCUUUUACACCUGUCACAAAUCUUGAGGAAGGUGUUUUUUUCUUGGAUCAGUCUAGCAAUUAGCAUUAUUAAUUUACUAUUUCCCCUCCCUUUCAUUGCCUCCCUGUUUGGCACUCAUUAAAUGGAUUAGGGGGAAGGCCCUGCAAUAGACUAGCGUCCUGUCCUGGGUGUACUUGUACGUCAAGCUGCCUCACACUACAGAAACAGGCUCCUGCCCUAUGGGCCUUUCUGUCUCAGACAAGGCUACUUAUUACUUUACUUCCUUUUAUUGUAUUUUUUUUAGGAAGAUGGCUUGUUUUGGCAUUGGGAAUAAGACCAAAGGCAAAUGUGGAGAAGAAGAGGAAAAGGCACGGAGAGAAGCAAACAAAAGGAUUGAGAAACAGCUUAAAAAAGAUAAACAGCAAUACUAUAAAUCUCACAGGCUCCUACUACUAGGAGAUUGUGACUCAGGGAAAAGCACAAUAUUCAAUCAGAUGCGAUUGUUGGACACAGAAUUAACUGAGGAGGAGAAAUUAAUGCAAUACAUGCAACACAAAAAAGCUUCAGGCAUUUUUGAGACAUAUUUCAGAGUAGGCGAAUACGUUUUUUAUUUGUUCAAUGGCAGAGGUGGGUGGGGAUCCACAAGGAGAGUGUUUCGGGACCAGUCGGCCUAUAUUUUAGUGGUGGACAGCAGCAGCUAUGAUAUGGUGUGUCAGGGAGACAAUCAAACCAACCAACUGCAGGAGGCACUAAACUCCUUAGAGCGCCUCUGGAACAGAAUGCGGAAAAUGGACCGUCCUCUCUUCCUCUUUUUGAACAAACAGGACCUGCUAGCAGAGAAGGUGUUGGCGGGGAAAUCUAAAAUAGAGGAUUAUUUUCCAGAGUUUGCACACUACACUUCACAUGAACAUACAACACCAGUACAAGGGGAGGAUCCAAGUGUCACCAGGGCAAAGUACUUCAUACGUGACAAGUUUUUGAAGAUCACAGCCAGUGGAGAUGUGGAUAUGCACAAAUGUUUUCCUUUUUUCACCUGUGCAAUCGACUUGGAAAACAUCCAGCGUACCUUCAGAGACUGUGUAGAUAAGUUAAACUUUUGCUCGUCAUGAAUGCAACAAAGGCGAGACACAAAGGAAGUCAUAGCGGACAUCUACGAAGAAGGACUGUCUGAUGAUGGCAUCUCAGGUAAGCAGCACUGGGCGUUCUUCUGUCCAACUUUUACAUAGCUAGUAGGUUAGCUCCUACGAUUCAGUGUUGAUAACAUUGUACUAUAUUACAUACAUACAUACAUACAUACAUACAUACAUACAUACAUACAUACAUACAUACAUACAUAGCGUAGAAUGAUAAAUCAUGCAAUUAUUAUUCUCAAGCUAACCAAAAGUAUUUAGCUACGAAUGCCUGUUCUCGCCAUUUUAAGUUGAAUUAAUCUAACUUUCUUUCAUGGCAACUCAUAAGCAGGCCAUGUCCUAUUUGUUUCACAGUCGAUAUAUAAUCAUAUUUCAUGACAGUGUAACGGUUUGCUUUUUUUUACAGAAGGAUGAAAGAACACUGUCUGUCAGGGAAUGCUAUUCUGUUAUGUCAGAUGAAGAGUUAGACCAGAAAGUCAGCGCCAUUAAGGCAAGGAUGCCCCAUGCGGGCUUUAGAAUGGUCAAAGGAAGUCUCAGCAAUGGGCCAUCGUGUACAAUGGCGAAGUUAGGGGGUCUUUGCAGCGUAUUGAUGGUGCAGGUAUCAUUGUCAGAAUGAUCCAGCUUCCUUGCAUUGCUCGGCAAAAAUAAUAUGUUCCUGCUCCCAUGUCUCUCGUCCACAUUGAUACAAAUCAUAAAUUGAUAAGGUACUAAGAUGUAUAAUGUCUCCAUAAAAUCUAAGACGUUAUUUCAACUUUUUAUUCUUACCUUUCAAUGAUGUAUGAAAUCUGAGUUUUUCUUCAUCUACUGGUAAUACACAAAUAAUGAAGCAGGUUAAUAGUUUAAACAUUUCACCUUUAAUUCCAAUGCUUUUUUUUCAAGAUACUAUAAGUAUAUUAUUUUGUAUACAUAUUGCACAUUUCACAUCACCUAAUGAACUACCACAAUACCAGUCUGGUGUUAAGCUUUCUGUGCUGUAUUGACGUAUCCUGAAAAUGACAUCUGCUGUUUUAGAUUGAAGGGUCAUAUCUCAGUUAUUGUUUUCAUAUCUACAAAAAAUAAGCUAUUUUCUUUACUUUCAGAGUGCGAGCUGAUCAAGGAGUCGAAAAUGUAGACAUUGCCAGAUAUUCACUGUCCGAGGAACAGGCCAUGGAAGCUUUAUUGCUGGCAAAAGUGUCCAUAACCAGAGGUUAAUUAAACUGUUCUGUGUUAUUUUUCGCUCUUCCUCUCUGCCUGUCUUGUACAUGAAACCUGUCUCACAUGCACAGUUUGGAGGAAGAAGGAUACCUUUACCUGUAAAAUUCUAUCCACCUCUUCUGUGUGGGAUUUGUGUUCCUACCUCGUCUGCGGGCAGAUCUGCAGCAGUUCAGAGAAUUGGAAUAAUCACCCUUUAAGUACAGAGGCGAGCCUGACACCUCACCAGCUGUAGCAUAUCGGAAUGCUCCAAACACCUGUGCACAUGUUUGUUUUUGCCUUAGCACUACACAGCUGAUUCAAAUGAUCAAGUCAUCAUCAAGCUUCAAGUGGUAUUUAUGUCUAAUAAUGACAUUAUCUUCAAUUGUUUGUCCUCAUGUGUCUGUUUUUCAGCAUAAAGUACUCUGUAGCCACUUAGUGUGGACACCAGGUGAGACCACACACACACAAUAACAGUCUCUCUCCUUCACUUCAUCCCUCUCCCCCUUCUCCCGAAAUCCUCUAGGUUAUAUCAGCUGUGUUGGUGAACCCCUGCCGCAUCUGAACUGGCUGACACAGAGGGCACAGCAUGAUCAAAGGUAUGUUUUGAUGUGAGAGAGGAAGCCAGUCCCGUCAUCGCCACCUCAUCUGCUCUUAACUUCUUAUGGCUGCAUCCCGCUAACGGGAUCGAUAUGACAACAGCCAGUGAAAGUGCAGGGUGCCAAAUUCAAACAGAAAUCUCAUAAUUAAAAUUCCUCAAACAUACAUGUGUUUUAUAUCAUUUUAAAGGUAAUCUUGUUGUUAAUCCCACCAAUGUGUCCGAUUUCAAAUAUGCUUUUCAGCGAAAGCACUACAAACGAUUAUGUUAGGUCACCACCAAACCACAAUAAUGGUCCCGUGUGGCUCAGUUGGUAGAGCAUGGCGCUUGCAACGCCAGGGUUGUGGGUUCAAUUCCCACGGGGGGACCAGGAUGAAUAUGUAUGAACUUUCCAAUUUGUAAGUCGCUCUGGAUAAGUGCGUCUGCUAAAUGACUUAAAUGUAAUGUAAAAUAAGCACAGCCAUUUUACCAGCGAAAUAUAGCAGUCACAAAAAGCAGAAAGAGAUAAAAUUAAUCACUAACCUUUGAUGAUCUUCAUCAGAUGACACUCAUAGGACUUCAUGUUACACAUUACAUGCAUGUUGUUUGAUUAAGUUUAUAUUUAUAUAAAAAAAUCUGAGUUUACAUUGGCGUGUUACAUUCACUAGUUCCAAAAACAUCAAGUGAUUUUGCAUAGCCACAUUGUUUCAACAGAAAUAUUCAUCAUAAAUGUAGAUGAUAAUACAAGUUAUACACAUGGAAUUAUAGAUAUACCUCUCCUUAAUGCAACCGCUGUGUCAGAUUUCAAAAAAACUUUACGGAAAAGCAAAUCAUGCAAUAAUCUGAGACGGCGCUCAGAACAAUAGCCAAAUUAGCCACCAUGUUGGAGUCAACAGAAACCAGAAAAUACAUGAUAAAUGUUUCCUUACCUUUGAUGAACUUCAUCAGAAUGCAGUCCUAGGAAUCUCAGGUCAACAAUAAAUGCUUGAUUUGUUCGAUAAUGUCCGUUAUUUAUGUCCAAUUAGCUACUUUGGUUAGCGUGUUUGGUAAACAAUUCCAAAGUCACAAAGCACGUCCACUAUAACGUGACGAAAUGUCCAAAAGUUCCGUAACAGUCAGUAGAAACAUGUCAAACGAUGUACUAAAUCAAUCUUUAGAAUGUUGUUAACAUACAUCUUGAAUAACGUUCCAACUGGAGAAUUAGAUUGACUUCAGCUGAGCGAUUGAACGGAGCAGCCUAUCACCAGAACGUGCGUUGUCAAAGCAUGGUCAGCUCGUGGCAGUGGUGACUAAGUCUCCUUCGGCCCCCCUUCACAUUAGAGUCAUCAGACAAAGUUCUAUUGACUGUUGACAUCUAGUGGAAGCCGUAGGAAGUGAAAACUCAUGAAUAUCUCGCUGUAAUGUCAAUGAGAGCUUGGUUGAAAAUCUGCCACCCCAGAACCAAUUCAAACAGGAAGUGGAACUUCUCAGGUUUUUGCCUGCCAUAUGAGUUCUGUUAUACUCACAGACAUAAUUCAAACAGUUUUAGAAACUUCAGAGUGGUUUCUAUCCAAUACUAAUAAUAAUAUGCAAAUAUUAGCAACUAUGACUGAGGAGCAGGCCGUUUACUCUGGGCACCUCUGUGCACCUUUCAUCCAAGCUACUCAAUACUGCCCCUGCAGCCAUAAGAAGUUAAGAUAACCUUCGGGCCAACUGGGGGGCCAACUGGGGGACCAAGGCUGGUUAGGAGACACCGCUAGAGACACUGUGAUGAACUGAGAGAAUAUUAGGGUAGCACUGUAAUUAAUUAAUCAUAUGCUGUCUGCCUCUGUUCUUACCCCUCUCCUCACCUUGUCUUUCUUCCUUGUUUUAUAAUGCACACCAUAUGUGCAUUGAAGUACAGAUUGAACUUGUAUUUAUAAUAUUACAAUUAUCAUAAAUACAUAAUACAUGCAUUAUAACACCUGGAUAAUGAACUUAUUUCAAUAAAGUGUUUCACAUUC